AAUAACAUAAAAUGAUGAUGAUCAACACAAUUAACUGAAUUGUAAACAUUUGAUCAUUGCCUGAUUCAAUUUUAUAUAAUAUUUGAACGGGUCAAUUCUUACAAUUAACUUUAAUUUUGAUUUAAUUGUGAUGCUAAAAUGAAUCCCAAUCAAUCAAACAUUGUUAACUUUUUCACCGGUCGCAGUAUUUUAAUCACUGGAGCUUCUGGUUUCAUCGGCAAGGCUUUGGUGUAUAAAUUGUUGACAAUUUGUCCGGAAAUCGGUGAAAUCUUUAUACUAGUACGAGACAAACGAGGACUUAAUUGUGAACAACGAUUGACCAAAAUUCUGGAAAAUAAGUGUUUCGAUGAGAUUAGAUCAACUGAUUGUGAUCGUUUGAAUAAAGUUAAAUCAAUUUCUGGUGAUAUAUCAAUUGAUGGACUGGGAAUUAGUGAUGAUCAACUUAAAUUGCUUCAGGAAAAUGUAUCAGUUAUAAUUCAUUCAGCGGCAACAGUUAAAUUCAACGAGAAAUUAAGACAAGCGGUUAAUAUAAAUUUAGUUGGGACACGACGAAUGAUUAAAUUGGCUCAUUCAUUAACUAAAUUAAAGGCUUUCGUUCAUGUAUCAACAAGUUAUAGUAAUUGUGAUUUGGAAACAAUUGAAAACAAAAUUUAUCCACAAAAAAUUGAUCCCCAACAAUUGAUUGAUUGUACCAAUUGGAUGUCCGAUGAUAUGAUCAAUGAUAUUUUACCAAAAUUACUGGACAAAAGGCCAAAUACUUAUACGCUGACCAAAGCGUUAGCUGAGACCUUAAUUGCCUCGGAAUCAGACAAUCUACCGAUCGCUAUAAUAAGACCUUCAAUCGUGACUCCGUCUCAUCGUGAACCCGGUCAAGGUUGGGCUGAUAAUCUUAAUAAUGUGGUCGGUAUAUCACAGACCAUAAGUGUCGGAGUGACCAGAGUGAUGAUCGCCGAUUCAACUAAAGCCGUUGAUAUGAUUCCAGUUGAUAUGGUUGUGAAUAUGAUUCUUGCAAUUGUUUGGCAUCUUUCAGAUAAUUGUGAUCAAAUCAAUAGUGACCAACAUCACUAUUGUAAUAAACGACCACCGAUGGUCUUUAAUUGUACAUCAGGUCAACAGAAUCCGUGUACGGCUGGUGAGGCAUUCGAUAGAUUUGUCAAAUCAAUCAGAGAUUAUCCCGACUCGACAGCAAUUAGAAGUCCAUCUCUUCAUUUAACCACAAAUCAAUGGAUCAAUAAUUCAAUUGUAAUUGUUGAUCAAUAUAUUCCCUCGUUAAUUUUGGACAUAAUUUUCACUCUGAUCGGCAAAAAACCAAAAAUGGUUAAAACUUGUAAGAAAAUCAAUUCGAUGUUGGAACCCUUUGAAUUUUUCAAUACUCGCGAUUGGACCUUCGAUACAACGACUAUGGUUGAACUGUUCAAUUCUCUAAAUAAAGUUGAUCAAAAAUUGUUCAAUUUUGAUGUUAAAUCAAUUGAUUGGUCUGAUUACAUUGGAACUGUGAUCAUUGGUCUAAGACAAUUUACCUCGAGUAAUGGUAACUACAAUUUAGAUGAAGCUAGAAAACGAAUGGAAAGGACAAUUAAACUGGAAAGGAUAUUAGAAAUAAUCCUAAUUCUAAUGGCUGGUUUACUAAUUUACAAGCUUAUCUUUUGAUCCAAUGGAUUAACAACAAUUUAUGCUAUUCAAUUAAAAACUUUGUUCUAAUUAAAAUCAUUUGAAAAACAAAUUGAAAAAAAAAGUUUAUCUCAACAUCUGAUUCCAAUUUUGCGCCA